CUUGACUGUCAGUUUGAACACAGAUUACAGAGUAACCUCUGUGAUCUGUGAGUUUGAAUUGUGAAUUCUGUUGUGUUGUAAAUAAUAUACCAACAACUAAAAAAAUUAUCAAUAUUGCCAAAAUGAGCGAGGAAAACUCAGCUAUGGAAACUGAACCUCCCCAAGAAUUAGACGACUCUGAUGUCAGCAGCAACAGUAGCGAUGAGAAUGAUCAAGAACAGAUUCUCACGCAAAGAGCAGAACAACUAGAAUUAGAUAUAGCAGAUAAUAAGUAUUUGUAUGAGAGCCAUGUAGAAUUAGUUGGUAUCUACAAGAAGCUUGGAGAACUUAGGUCCUUAAGGGAAGCUUUUCAAAGGUUUCACGAGUACUUCCCACUGACACCUGCUCUUUGGAUGGAAUGGAUAAAUGUUGAAAAAUGCUUAGCCACAACAGAUAAACAGAAGGAGUUUAUAAUCCAGUUGUUUGAUCAAGCUGUUGAAGAUUAUUUGUCCGUCGAAUUGUGGUCGGAAUAUGCCCAAUAUGCAGUUGGAGCAACUAAUUUCGAAAAAACAAGAAUUGUAUUGGAAAGAGGCAUAAAUAUAGUAGGCUUGGUUUGUAAUGGAGGCGGACUAUUGUGGGCCACUUAUAGAGAAAUCGAAAAUGCUCAAAUUUCCUUAUUUGAAGAAGGUUCCGAAGAAUGGAAACGCCAGGUGCAAAAAUUAGCUGAUGUUUUCAAGAGGGAAUUAUCGGUUCCAUUGCUCGAAAUGGAUAGUACUUAUGCGGAAUGGAAACAGUGGAGUUCAACAUUUCCGGAAGGCCUCAUCGAUGCUAAACCGGUGGAAUAUGGAUACACUCAAGCCAAAAAGCGUCUCGAUAUCUACAAACCGUUCGAAGAUCAACUUCUAGCAACGCAAUCAAAUGAAGAACUACUAGAAACUUACAAUAAAUACAUAAAUGCUGUCAAGGAUCCUUCAACAGUGAUCUGCAUCUUUGAAAGAGCAGCUUCGCAACUGUGCCUUGUACCAGCUUUUUGGUUGGAUUAUGGCAAUUAUGUCUUCAAACUUGGAGACCAAGCAUUAUCAGUAUGUAGAAAAGCUCUUCGAAAUUGUCCAUGGAGUGAAGAACUGUGGAUUUUCAAGUUAAGAGUUUUAGAAAACUUGAAGAAGAAAGAUGGCACUGUAUUGGAAUGUUUUGAAGAAGCAAUAUUAAGUAUUUCGCCUAAUCCAGGUCUAGAACUAUGGCUGGCUUAUUUGGAAUAUUAUCAUAGGGUGGUUGGAUCCACAGAGAAACUUGAUACAUUGUUUAAUCAGGCCAUCCAUCAAUUAGGUCUUGAAAAUGAUUCUCAAUGUAAAGUGAGCAGAUUUUUCACUAGAAUUUUGGCUCAAAGAGGUGCCAUCAAAGACGCCAGAAAGAUUUGGGGCCAAAUAAUUAAGAGUCCUAACAAAAGCUUCUCAAUAUUUUGGCUGGAGUUCGCAAAUCUUGAGAAACAGUAUGGAGAACCACAAGCGCUGAGAUCACUAUUUCAGAAAGCAUUGAAAGAAGUUCAAGAUCAGCCGCAAUGGAUUAUAGACGAAUGGUUGCUAUACGAAAGACACUGUGGAACUCUGGAUGAUGUUAUGAAGUGUACUAAAAAAUGUAGCGAAAUUCUAAGUCAAAGCUAUCAGAAUGUGCAGUAUAAGUCAGACGCGAUUACGACAUCUCAGGCAACUAAUAACACUGAAGCUCGCGAUAAAGGCAUCAAACGAAAAAUGCGUAACGAGGACACUGAAACGAAACGAAUGAAAAAAGAAAAGCCAAAACCUCAAGAGAAGCCUAAGGAACUAUUAAAACCCAAACCUCCAGUAGAGAAAAACCCAAAAACGACUGUCUUUGUGAGCAACAUGUUACCUGGAGUGAGUGAGGAUAAACUACAGACGGUUUUUCCAAACGCUGCAGCUAUAGAGAUAGCAAGGGAUCGCAAAGGAAAAUCCAGGUGUUUCGGCUAUGUCGAAUUCAAAACUGAAGAAGAGGUCAUGGUGGCCUUGGCUCGGGAUAGGGAGCCGCUGGAUGGACGUCCGAUAUUCAUAUCUGAGGUAAAAGCUAGUAGAACUGAAAGGAAACCCAUAUUUAAAUAUGCCACCAACGAAGAGAAGAAUAAGCUGUUUGUGCGAGGAUUGCCUAUUAAAAAAUCGAAAGAGGAAAUCCAGGAAAUAUUCCAGAAAUAUGGUGCUAAAGAUGUACGUCUAGUCCUGCAUAAGAGUGGACAACCAAAGGGAUUAGCCUAUAUCGAAUUUGAAAGUGAACAACAAGCAAAAGCGGCCUUAAAGCAGACGGAUCAAAUGAAUAUAGACGAACACGUAAUUACCGUGGCAAUAAGCGCUCCACCGCCUAAAAAUGAGAGACAGAUGUUUGGAGGAUCAUUUGAAAAGAAAAACGAUGAAGAACAGGCUAGGCACCCGAAGAGCCGACUUCAAACGUCUUUAUUGCCCAGGUCAUUGCAGAUGAAAGGAACAGGAGAAAAUAAAGAGCAAGCAAAAAAUGGACAGGAUGGAGCAAAGAUGAAAAGCAACAGCGAAUUUAGAGCGAUGCUUUUAAAUAAAUUAGAUUAGUUGGAACAGGAAGGAUGUCUUAAGGGAGAGUAUUAAAUAUACUUUUGUAAGUA